AUGUGGUACUGGUACAUCUUUACGUGGAUGAGGACCCCAUUGAACAAUCAAUUCAUUUUUAGGGUACCAAAUCGCUACUUAGAUCAUACAGUGGGGGGAAACCAUGUAAGUUUGGACGAUGAUGUCAAUGUGACCGUGAGUGAUGAUUUGGCUGGUAAUAUGAAUGAUUUUGGUGGCACUAAGGCAAUAUAUAGAGAAUGCGCUAAUGGAACUGGCAGAGUUGGUGGAAGUGGAAGAGGCUGCGAAAUUGGAAAAGUGGGUGGAAAUAAAAACACCGCUGCUAGCGAUGGUGCAAGUGGUAAGGGUGGAGGAAUUGGCAAUGGGGAGUGA